AAAAAUAUUAUUUUCCGGGAAAAAGAAUUAUUUUCUCGUUGGCGUUUGGUUUUCGAGAAAGUAAAAAUUUUCUCGAGAAAACCCUACUCUUCCCCAAUGGAGCUUCACUGUUCAUUAUUCCUUUCACUUUCUUCGUCGUUGCCGCCCUACUGGCCAUAAUAUGCUUCACGAAUCCGCGAUCUGAUUCUCGCUCUUCAAUCCAUUUGCCGGAUUCCGUUCCCUCCGUUGAACUUGUGCUGGACGGAUCGUUGAGUCAUCACAAGCAUAUAUCCAGCACAUGUUUCUAGAUGACUAAAAGAAUGGAGUCAUAUGGCCUGCUAGGGCAAAGAAGGGAUGUUAAGCACAAAGGAAGGAAUGUUGUUUGGUCAGUUGCAAUGGACAAGUGCCUUAUUGAAGCUCUUGCUGUUCAGGCCAGAAAUGGGAAUAAAAUUGAGAGAUGCUUUAAUGAAAAUGCAUAUACAGCUGCAUGUGUUGCUGUCAAUAGUCAUUUUAACUUAAACUUGAACAACCAGAAAGUUAUCAAUCGCCUUAAGACAAUUAAGAAGAGAUACAAAGUAAUCAAGGAUAUUCUUUGUCGAGAUGGGUUUCGGUGGAACCCGACUUCGAAGAUGAUUGAUUGUGACAGUGAAGAACUUUGGAAGAGAUAUGUGGCAGCACACCCCGAUGCAAGAGGACUCAGAGGGAAGCCAAUAGAGAUGUAUGAUGAACUAAACAUUGUUUGUGGCAAUUAUCAGGCUCCGAGUCGAUGGACGAAGAUGAAGGAUGGAAACCGUCCACUGCAGGUUAGGAACUUUGUAGAAGAGUCUGCGUCGUUUCACUCCCCAAGCUCUGAAGAUCUUAGCGAAACAGACGAUACAGAGUCGUACACUGGACCGUCCGAAUAUGCAGAACUGCCCAAUGGUAGUCAGGACCCUCUGCCAAACAGUCCACAGAGACAACAUCCGAAAAGGCCACGGGCAUCUGAAGCUCUCCAAGAUGCAAUGCUAGCCGUGGCGUCCAGUAUUCGUCGUCUGGCCGAUGCAAUGGAACUGAGCAAACAUUCGAUAGAUGCUAAUGAACUCUUAGAAGCUGUAAUGGAGGUUGAUGGUUUGGAGGAAGCUAAACAGAUGUACGCCUUCGAAUAUUUGAACGCGGAUCCGGUGAAAGCCCGAGCGUUCUUGACUUAUAACGCUCGAAUGAGGAAGAUAUAUUUGUUUCGACAGUUUUGGUGGUGGAAGUGAUCAUCAGCUGGCGUUUGAUUCUUGUGUACCAUUUGAAAUUAUAUUGAACUUGUUUCAAGGUUAUUUACACAUAAUUGGAACCAUAUCUGAUUGGUACUCUGAAUGUAAAUGUAUAGAUAGACCAUUCAAUUGAAGAGA